GGCGGCGGCAAAACUCAGCCGUUUGAAUUGACUCGGGUUGUUGGGCUCCGAGAGCUUAUCUAGCUGUGUCUGGGUGUGUGUGACUUUCAUCUCUCUCUUCAGUCACAGUAAGACGGUGACUCUAAACAUCAUCUCUGCAAAACAUCUCUCAACAGGUCGACGUGACAAUGUCGGUGUUUGCUCGUUUUUUUCUACUUUUAGUACUUUAGCCCGUAAGCUAACACAUUAACCGUCUCCGGGUUAGCGUUUGAGCGUCACCAUGGUGAAGAACCGUGGUCGAGCCAACAGAAGAAGGGAUGUAGUUCGGAACCGUAAGCUGAAAAAGAAGGCGGCCAAGGUCUCGAAGACUCCCCAGCGAGCCCGGAAAGACACCAGCAUAAGAACAGCGGUGACUCGUUCAAAGACGAAAAAGCUUCCCAAAAAAGUUCCUGCCAAGAAAGAAGAAGAGAAUCGCACUAAUUCACACACACGUGAUGAAGAAAUUGCAAGAAAACCUGCAAGAAAAGUUAUCAGGAGAUCUUCUAGACUUAAGAACCUUACAAGGGGUAAGAAAUAUGGGAUCAGGAAGAGUACCAGGAGAACCACACAGACGACUACAUAUGAAGCCUCCAAAAAGUUUAACGCCAUCAACAGCAACCACGGAGACCAGAAGGAUAUCACCAAUCAGAAGAAGAAAAAACAACUGAUUAAGAACAAGAAAAAUGAAAAGAUUCCCUCUAAAGAACAGAAGACGAUAACACCAGAACCGCCACAGAAAGACCUCAUUGACACCACAGAUGACAUUGUUGAUGAUGUAGAUAGUGGGGUUGGAACAACUGCAGAUGAGGAGAGUAACUGCAGCGUGACUGAGAAUUUUGAUGCCAUAAAUGGCAAGCCCUCGUCUCCUUACCAGGGAGCCAAAAGAGGAAAUUUCCAGGUCAAUUCAUCAGGAAAAAGCAUAACACGCAGGCGAACCUUCAGGGCUGCUCAGAAUGCAUGGUCGACUGAUAACACUGAUUCUGAUGAUGAAAAGGCCUCUAGCAGCAACUGCCGUGUACUCGGUCUGCGUAAGGAGGAACUUUUUAGUUCUCGCAGAGAGAAGUUGGCCAUGGGAGCAGGUCUGGCAGACAUUGAUCCCAUGGCUAUUGAUCGGAUGGUGGGCUUUGACAGCAUCGGUGGGCUGUCGGGUCACAUCUCAGCUCUAAAGGAGAUGGUUGUCUUCCCUCUUCUUUACCCAGAAGUCUUUGAUAAUUUCAAGAUUCAGCCUCCCAGGGGUUGUCUGUUCUAUGGCCCACCAGGGACUGGAAAAACACUGGUUGCCCGGGCACUGGCCAAUGAAUGCAGCCAUGGCAACGAGAAGGUGUCCUUCUUCAUGAGGAAAGGAGCCGACUGCCUCAGCAAGUGGGUGGGGGAGUCGGAGCGGCAGCUGAGGCUGCUGUUUGAGCAGGCCUAUCAGAGACGUCCCUCUAUCAUCUUCUUUGAUGAGAUUGAUGGGUUGGCUCCUGUUCGAUCCAGCAAACAAGAUCAGAUUCACAGCUCUAUUGUGUCAACUCUGCUGGCUCUGAUGGAUGGGUUGGACGGUCGAGGAGAGAUUGUGGUGAUCGGAGCGACAAACAGACUGGACUCCAUCGACCCAGCUCUGCGGCGUCCGGGACGCUUUGAUAGGGAGUUUCUGUUUGCCCUUCCUGACAAAGAGUCUCGUAAAGAGAUUUUGAAGAUCCACACACGGCUGUGGAAACCUCCUCCUUCAGAAGACUUUCUGGAUGAACUUGCAGGAAAAUGUGUGGGUUACUGUGGUGCCGACAUCAGGGCGGUGUGCACUGAGGCAGCGCUGUGUGCCCUGCGGCGCCGCUACCCACAGAUCUACGGCACCUCGCAGAAGCUCUUGCUGGAUGUCUCCUCCAUCUCUGUAAGCAGCUGCGACUUUGUGGCGGCUAUGAGGAAGAUGAAGCCGGCGUCUCAACGCUCCAACGCCUGCCCUACAAAACCGCUGUCAGCUGUUGUCCAGCCCCUGCUGCGCUCAGCCCUCAGCCACAUCCUGGAGGUGUUGCAGAAGCUAUUUCCACACGCUGAGCAGGGGAUGAAAAGGAAGAGGGAACCGGGUCUGACUUCUGGUAUCGUCGAUGAUGGUCUAAUGAGUAGUGGAGAUGAAGGGACCUCAACCUGCAGCAUUUCUGCUCCUUCUACCUCCCAGAACAAAAAGUUCCUGCAUUUUGCUAGGAGUGCUGUCAAACACCCAACGUCCCACCGCCCCCGAAUGCUCCUGGCUGGCCGCUCGGACUCUGGUCAGACGUCCCACCUGGCCCCUGCAAUUCUGCACGCCCUGGAGCGUUUCACUGUCCACAGCCUGGAUUCUGCUGUGUUGUUUGGUGUCAGCUGGGUUUCUCCCGAGGAAGCCUGUGCGCAAGUGUUCUGCGAGGCCAAACGGACAUCACCCAGCAUCCUCUAUAUCCCUCACAUCCAGCAGUGGUGGGACACGGCUGGAUCCGCACUUAGAGCCUCGUUUCUCAGCUUGCUGGGUAGCAUCCCCUCUUUUUCUCCCAUCCUCCUUCUCGCCACCUGCAGCGUUCCUCACCAGAAGCUCGACACAGAGGAGAGAACAGAGUUUUUUGAGGAUCUCAUUUUGAACCAAGCAGCUGAAGCUCCACCAUCUAAGAAUAAAUUGAUGACCCAGAACAUGGAGAUCCUUCCUGUGGCUCCACUUCCUCCCCUGAGACAGAUGACCGAGCAGGAGCGCCUCCGUGUGGAGGAGCAGGAAGAGGAUGUGCUGCGGGAACUCCGCCUCUUCCUCCGUAACCUCACAGAGCGACUGAUAGUGGACCGCCGCUUUAAGGCCUUCACCAAACCUGUCGACAUAGAGGAGGUCCCAGACUACCUCAUGGUGAUCCAGAAGCCCAUGGACCUCUCCACCCUGCUGUACAACAUUGAUGAGCAUAAAUAUGUCACCGUUGAUGAGUUCAUGUCAGAUGCAGACCUUAUCUGGCAGAAUGCUCUCGAGUACAACCCAGACAGAGACCCAGCAGAUCGUCACAUCCGUCACCGUGCCUGUGCCCUGAAAGACACAAUGCGAGUCAUCAUCAGAGAUGAACUGGACAAGGAUUUCCAGAGGAUCUGCGAGGAGAUUCGAGAGUCUCGGCUUGAGAGAGCGUUAUCCCACAGGGGCAGAGCCAAUCUAGAGUUGACCAAUGGCUUCUACAACUCUGUGUUCCCCAGAAACAGCACUGGACCUCAACUGCGUAAGAAAAAGUCUUUCAAAUCGUCCCGAAAAUCCAAGUGGAGCACUGGUGUCAUUAGAAAACGGCAACAAAAGAAGACAGCUUCAAGCUCCUCAAUGUCAAGCAUAACCAGUUCAGAUUCAAGUACAGAUGGAAUGGGAGGGGAGAGUAGUUCUGUUGGCCAAAGCUCAUCCAGUUUGUCAGACAGCAGCGAUGGUGACGAGAACAUCUUCCUGAAGCUUAACAGGCACCAUCAAGACUUUAAAGCUCUCCAAAAACGUCUAAAGCAAAGAUGCAACGAGUCCAGCAGCAGCACUCCCAAAAUUAAACUGAAGUCCAGCCAGCCUUCAAAGUCUGACCCAAUCCGAAGGAAAUCGUUGACGGAGUUUUAUUUAAAGAAAUUAGAGAGGCAGAGAAAGUCUGAGAUGAGAACAAACAAGGCUGUUUUUGAGCAAAUGCAGCAGUUCAACAAGAACAGAUCUGCUGAGAGUGUUGACGAGCAAACACCCGACCUCGUAGUUGAUCACAAAAAGCUGAAAGAGCUGCUGAACAGAGCAAUAGUUAAAACAGAGGCUGCUGAGGUGGAGACUCUGGAGAAAUUUUAUGCUCUGUUGGCUCAAUCCAUCUACAGACACAGAAACAACUACAACAAGACAGAGCUCCUUAAGGAAAUGAAGAAGGAAAUUGAAAACUUCUCCUGAGCUAUAAUAAUAAAACCCAAGUAACUUUAA